CCGGUACUGGAUGGAGCAACAGGCACCAUCGUACGGCCAAAACCCACCACCGGCUCCUCCACCUCCUCCGCCACCUACCUUUCAGCCGAUGCCGGGCCUAUAUCAACAGCCGCCAUACUGGGGGCCACCACCACCACAGUGGGGGCAGCCGCAGCAGCAGGCGCAGUAUGGCUACGGCUACGGGGAUGCGAACGACACGAACAACAACGGGUACGAGAGAGGUUAUAAUCCAAACCGAGCGUUUUUUAUGAAGGAGCAUGCAGAGCUACUAGAUAAGAUAAAAUUCAAGGAAGCAGUUGCCGAAGCGACCAAGAACCAGGUACAAGUAACUCAGGUGCCGGUCACUCUCCCGGCUGCUCUUCCCAUUACGCAACCAAGAAGGGUGGAGGCAAAGAAGGAUGAAGCCAGGACGGAGAAGCAACCAACCGAAGCAAAGGAGGACGAGAUGGAGAAAUGGAUCACGGAUAUAUUUGGGAGUUCUCUGAGAACCCUAUCGGAUAAAUUAGAAAAGGUGGAGGAUAAGUCAAAGCUGGCCGAGAUGGAGAGGCAGGAACUUCGGAAGCUACGAGCCGAGAAGGAGUUGCGGGAUCUGAAGGAUAACUCAAGUAGCGAGAAACGGAAGCGGGCAGGAGUAGCGACGGGGGCAUCACCACGUGCCGGGAGGGUAAGGACGAAGUUAGCAGUUAAGGUGCGUAAUCGGCAACAGAUCGGGGUAACUAUUCUUUCCGAUGACGAUGAUACGAACACCAUCAAGUGAGGAGGAGACUUGAGGAAGAAGUUCGAUGAGGCAGGACCGUCUACGGAGAUGGCAGAGAUCAA